GCUUGCAUACCUUAGCCAUCAUGCUGUCGCCAAAUCUUCUAAGAUCUAAUAAUCUACGCGUCUUCGUCAACGUCACCUCCGUAAAGCCUCAAGGAAGGGCGUUGUAAUAAUUUUUCCUCUCCAAGUCUCUGUUUGAAAAGCCGUUACUUUAAUGGCCGGUAGCCGGCCAAGCACCACCCACCUGCGGACCACCAAUUACCGACCCCGCCCCCUUCCCCAUCUCUCUCUCCAGCAAAGAAGAAGAAGAGAUGAGCUUCCAAGAUCUCGAGGACCCCUCCAAGCCCUCUUUGGCUCCCAAAACUAGUACGUCGGCCGUGGCCGCCGGAAUAUUCCAGAUCAACACCGCCGCCGCUGGAUUCCGGCGUCUCGUCGACGCCAUCGGAACCUCCAAAGACACAUCGGAGCACCGCCAAGCCCUGCAAGACGCGAGGAAGCGAAUUGGGCAGUUGGUGAAGGAGACCUCCACCAAGCUCAAAUCCCUCAUCGAUGCCAACCGCGACGAAAAUCCGAGCAAGAGGGCAGAGGAGGCGAAGCUGGCCAGAGACUUCCAGGCAGCGAUUCAUGACUUCCAGAAGGCCCAGAAGCUUGCGGAAGAGCGGGAGUUAGCCUACGCCCCUUCCACUUCUCGGUCUCCUUUGCCCUCGAGCUCGGGAGCAGAAGAGAAUGGGAAAGGGGAUGGAGAUGAAGAGGGCAUGCUACUUCUUUGGGAGCAGAAGAGGCAAGAGAUACUAUCAUUGGGCAAUGAAAUAACAUUCAAUGAAGCUGUGAUAGAGGAAAGGGACCAGGGAAUAAAAGCAAUAAACAAUGAUGUAGAACAAGUAAAUGAAAUAUAUCGAGACCUUGCUGUCCUACUUCACAGCCAGCGUGUUACUAUAGAUGACAUUGAUAGACACAUGGAGGAGACAUCUGCUUCAGCAGUCCAAGCUAAAACUGUACUCCGCAAGGCUUCCAAAAGCACUAGGUCUAGAUCUUCGCGGUGUUGUUGGGCAUUGGUAGUCUUCGUCACAGUAUUGGUCAUCCUUCUUCUUGUCCUCAUUUUAUACUGAUAAACUGGCCUUGCAAGAAUGAUUUCUUUUCUAUAUUUUGGUAUAAUAACUGGAUACUACAUGCACAAUCCUUGUAAAUAUUAAUGGAUAAACCUUGCGUACUUCAAUGCAUUUAUCAUCAUGAUUGAAAAUUUUGGAGCAAUGUAAGAUGUGUUUUUUGUAUGAACUAA